AUAAACCUCACAUCAGUCUCAGCCAGUCUCAGCUCUUAUAGCGGCAGCGCAGUCUGUCCCUGUCGUAAACAUCAUCAAAACUUUGCAUUGAAAAAUGCCGACAAAAAUCAACAAAAACGUAAUAGCAUACGAGGGUUGCAAUUACCUGAAAUAUCGUUUAUUGCUAUCCACAUUGUCGGGAAAAUCAAUAAAGAUAACCGAGAUUCGAACCAACGACGAUGAUCCUGGAUUAAGAGAGUACGAGGUUAAUUUGAUUAGGUUGUUCGAUCGAAUAACUAACGGAACAAAAAUCGAACUUAAUGAAACCGGAACCAGUUUGUUUUAUUGCCCGGGAUUAUUGAUCGGGGGUGAAUUGCAACACGACUGCAGUUUGCAAAGAGGCAUAACUUAUUAUUUGGAUGCUGUCAUGGCUCUUGCGCCUUUUUGCAAAAAGCCGAUUGAUAUUACACUGAGAGGAGUGACGAACAAUUGUUUAGAUCCAUCCGUCGACAGGGUCAAGUCAGCCGGAAUUCCAGUUCUCAAAAAGUUUUUGACGAUAGAUACAGACGUUGAGCUUACGAUUCACAAGCGUGGCGCUGCUCCUUUGGGAGGUGGAGAAAUACGCUUCAAAUGUCCUACCUAUAAGAGCCUCAAAACUAUACAAUUACAGAACAGCGGCAUGGUUAAAAGGAUACGUGGAAUAGCUUGCGGCAUAAGAGUUUCACCGGCGAUUGCAAAUCGAUUGGUAGAUUCUGCCAAACAAGUUUUGCUUAAAUUUCUACCGGAUGUGUAUAUCCAUACGGAUCAUUGUCGUGGAGCAGCAAGCGGCAAAUCUCCAGGUUUUGGAAUAAGUCUAACGGCCGAAACGACGAAUGGAAUAUUUUUCGGUAGUGACAGUUUUUCGCCGCGAAUGAUGUCUGGCUCAUUGCCCUGUGUGCCCGAAGAUCUCGGCAGAGAAGUAGCUCUCAAGCUUAUCGACGAAAUAUACCGGAACGGUUGCGUCGAUUCGCCGUUCCAAAGCAUGGCUGCACUCUUCAUGGCAUUGGGAAAGAAAGAUGUGUCGAAACUUCUAGUUGGCCCUUUGACCCCAACAAUGGUUCAGUUUCUUCGGGAUCUCAGAGAUUUCUUUGGAAUAGUCUUCAAGCUUGAGCCCGCAAAGGAUGACGAGGACGAUGAUGUCGUGCACGAGCAAGUCCUUCUAACUUGCAUUGGCAUAGGAUACACUAAUUUAAGUCGGCGUACUUUUUAAUCAAGUUUCACUCUCUCUUCAUUUUUUUUGUAUAUAAAUAUAUAUGGAUUUUUUUUUUUUUUUUUUUUUAAAUAAAAAAUAAGAGAUUGUUUAACGAUAC